AGAGGUGCGCUCCGUGUGUAAAUGAAGUCAGUAUAAUAGGAUCACAGUGAGACUGCUAUGGAUUACGUCCGUUGUCAUUACAGCUGACAUCACUGUAAAUUUGUGUCUUAAAUAAGGAACACGCAGGAACUUUGGGGGUGCACCUCAAACUUUAGCACGCCACGUUCACCAUUCUUCAGGAACCAAUCCGUCGUUCGCGGGAGGAGUCCGACGAGUGGACCUGAGGGACAAAGAGCAGCAUUUCCUGAGUUCGGCGGAGCCUUAGAGGAGUCAGAAGGUCUAAGGUCCGGUGGGGGGGUUAUCAGGGGUCUCGACCCCGAUAUACGCGAGCGAUAUGCUCCCGCUUCAGAGAGGCGCGAGCCGGGAGCAAAGAUUAUUCCACUGGCGGACCACCUCCGCAUGGACCACGUGUCUGAGAGUUGCAUGUUUCAGUCGCUUACGUUUUAUGUGGUUCACGCUAAUGGUCUUGACUCUCCUCUGUGUGGCGCUGCAAAUGCUCGGUGUGGUCCGGCAGGCCAGGAGCUCAAGGGUUUUGAAUCUUGUGAGCGAGCAGUUGGUCAGAUUGCCUGCAGAAAAUCUUUGGUCUGUUUCAGCGGCCAUUGAUAAUGGCCCAAUGGCCCAACAUCUUUCCAUACAAAGAAAUUACAAAGGUGCUGAAACUCGUAUAGAAGAUGGAAGAGGCCAAGUCUUGGAGGCUGCAAGAAAAAAGUUAGAGACAUCUUCACAUAAUAUAGUAACAUCAAACAGAUAUCCCCCAACCACCAAAGCAGCUCCACCAACAGUGGUAGUGAAUAAACUUGACCAAGAAUUUGCAAAACUAUUUCCAAACCUCCACCAGCCAAAUAGCCCAGCUAACCCUGAGAGUACCAUACAAAAGUCGGGACUAAGUGAAAUUCACAAAGUGCCACCCGCUAAUGGCAUUCUUGACAAUGCUGAUAAAUAUAAAGUAAAUACACCGAAGGACACAAGUGUCAUGUGUCAAGCCAAGAACCACAUUGUCUUUCUCAAAACACAUAAGACUGCCAGCAGUACCAUAUUGAACAUACUCUAUCGAUAUGGGGACAGUCACAACCUGACCUUUGCUUUACCACUGAAUAUGCACAGCCAGUUAUUCUACCCAUCGUUUUUUGCUGCUCACUUUGUGGAGGGCAGCAGGACUCGCAGUAAGAAAGAAUUCCACAUCCUGUGCAAUCAUAUGAGAUUCAAAUCACAAGAGGUUAGAAAGCUGAUGCCUAAGGACACAUUCUACUUCUCCAUUCUUCGGAAUCCGGUGGAAAUGAUGGAAUCUCUCUUUGUUUACUACAAAGCGAUCCCAGCGUUCCGUAUUGUCAAAAGCCUUGAGGAGUUCCUAAUCAAGGGUGGGCAGAGCUACAAUGCCUCUAUGCCUAAUAACCACUAUGCACGUAAUAUUUUGACCUUUGACUUUGGUCUGGACAGCACAGCGCCUCAGAAUGAAAUAGACUUGGACAGGCGUAGCGCCGAGAUCAUUGCUGCCGUGGAACGUGAUUUUGAGCUGAUUCUUAUUUCAGAGUAUUUCGAUGAAUCUGUGGUGCUUCUAAAACACGCCCUCUGCUGGACACUGGAUGACGUUUUGUCUUUCCGGCUAAAUAGUCGCAGCGAGCGCUCUCGGCGACCACUGACCCCAGAAACCGCAGAGCGGAUAAAAGAGUGGAAUUCGCUAGACUGGCGAUUGUACCUGCACUUUAAUGCUACUUUCUGGAAACGCAUAGAUGACACACUUGGUCGGACUAAGCUUCAACGGGAAGUAGAGCUUCUGAAGGCUAGGAGGAGGAAGCUUGAGGAAACUUGUCUUCUGGGAGGUGGGGCUGUAGAUCCUGCGCAAGUCCAGGAUUCAUUGUUAAAACCAUUUCAGUAUGGUGCAGCAGUUAUUCAAGGUUAUAACCUCCGUUUAGGGCUAAACAAUGAGACUCGUCAGCUUUGUCAGAGACUGAUUAUGCCUGAACUUCAGUACACAUCUGCUCUGUACAUCAAACAGUUCCCUCAGCUAGCGGCUGCUCGUGCAUCUGUUGCAAAAAAGAUUGCGGCCUCUAGAAACUCAUCUAGCACACACAGAGCUGUUAAGCGCAAUACAGAUAAACUAACUGAGUCAAAUAUACACAUAACAAUGACAAACAAUCCCUCACGUAACAAUCCAUAUAUAGCCAAAGCGCAACAUAGAGACUACUUACAGUAGCAGCUAAAUCUAGUGUUUAUAAUGUGACACAAUGUACAGGUAAUUCUGAUGUACACUGUAACAAACAGUAAAAAAACAAAGAAAUUAGAAGAAACUCAUAUAAACAAACCACACACAAACACACACAUGCUUACAGAACCAAAAGAAUUUGCUAUAUUUAAUUGUCUCAUGAUUAACUCAACCUCAUGCCAUCCCAGAUGUGACUUACUUUCUUCUGCUGAGCAAAAAUUAAGAUUUUUAGAAGAAUAUUUCCUGCUCUGUUGGUCCAUUCAAUGCAAGUGAAUGGUAGCCAGAAAUGUUAAGCUCCAAAAAGCACAUAAAGGCAGCAUAAAUGUAAUCAAUAUGACUUCAGUGGAUACAAAUUAUAUCUUCAGAAGCGAUAUGAUAAGUAUGGUUGAGAAACAUAGCGAUAUUUGAGUCCUAAGUCCUUUCCUACAUUCACUCUCUUCUCUCCUAAGAUUCAGGGGCGUUUCUAGAGACUCAGGGGCCCCAGGCAAAAAGGGCCUUUUCCUAUUCCUCUUGCUUUCAUUUCCUUUUAAUAUGCCCGGAUGGGUAAAUCCGCUUCAUGGUCCGUCUUUUAAUUUUGACAGCAAGCUCGUAGCAUGGAGGCUCCUUCGGGGGGGUUCUGGAUAUGUCAUUGCAGAGUCUUGUACGAGCAAAUAAUACUAAUAGUAUUAUACUAAUAGUAUACUAAAUAAUAAUAGUACUUCUUUUGUUUUUGAUGAUUCACUUUCUUUGUGCAUAUUGUUACUUACUGGGCAGGAAGAAGAAUAUAUAGUUAAAAAGGACUUAAAUAUUGAUUGUUUCUCACCCACACCUAUCAUAUCUCUUCUGAAGUUAUGGAUUACUUUUAUGCUGACUUUAUGUGCUUUUUGGAGCUUUUAAGAUUUGGUCACCAUUUAAUUGCAUUGUAUGGACUGUCAGAGCUGAGACGUUCUUCUAAAAACCUUUGUUAGUGUUCAGCAGAACAAAGUAUGUCAUCCACAUCUGGGACAGCAUAAGGGUGAGUAAACGAUAAGAGAAUUUUCGUUUUUGUGUGAACUAUUCCUUUAACGAGCCGUUUGAUAGGAACACAUUUCAAAAAACACAUUAGUUCCAUUCAGCGCAGUUAAUAUUUAUUGGUACAAUGCUUUUAACAAUGGAACUGUACAGAGUUCAAGUGUAAUUUCCAGGAAGUAAGCUCAAAGUUAUAGUUGGGAGUAAGAAGUGGAGACAUUGAAGACAGCUUGAGAGGAGCCAGCGCUUAAAAUGGAAAACCAUUUUUCUGGAGAAAAAUAAAUAAAUAAUACAUGCUAUUAAGACCUGAGGUAUCAUGGCCUAAGGGCUGAGCCAAAAUAUGUUGGGCUAUGGCAGAAAAAAAUUAAUUCUGAUGAAAAUCCUCUGAUGUUCAUUAUAAAGGGGUCAUAUCACGAGGAGACAAACUAUCUUUGCAGGCAUCCCAACCUGCAAAAAGUCAUUUCAGGGAGGUAUCCCGGACCCCCCCCAAAAGAUAUAAAAGCAUAAUAUAUAAUUUCUUUAGGUUAUAGGCCUAUGCAAUUAUUUGUUAAUUAUGUAGAUUACUUUUAAUAUAAACUGCUUAUACUAUUUAUGUAAACUGCUUUUAUUUAUAUUCCAUUGCAACUUUAAACAGGUCUAAGGAGUUUAUUGUUUUCAUGUAGCCUAGGUAACUAGCCGGCCUGAAUAAAUGAAACUUGUUUAACUCACCUCAACAUGUCUUUUACAAUCAUUUAACCCGCCAUGGGCAAUGCUGAAGUCACUGUUACAAACUGUACAGCGUGCAAGACUGUCAUUAUGUUUCACUCUUAUUAGACAGUGGUACACUUUCGUGUAGUCUGGCGUAAAAUGUGUCUUAUAUUUUCGCUUUUUGGGGCACUCUCCCUCUGCCAUGGCGCUCCUGUGUCUAGAUACACUGAACUGAUUCGGGAGAAGAGAUAAACGCCCCGGAAGAAGAAUGUUCGGGAGAAGAGAUAAAAGCCCGCCCACACUGACAAUUGAUUGGUUGACUUACCGAAACAGGCCAAUCAGGAUGCGCUCUGUCUUACAUGCACUUCUUGAUGUACACACGCGCACACACACACGCAAGUUCUCUCGCUCUCUCCCUCUCUGCCGUGCGCGCUACACGGUUUGGAGCACAGUCUAACCGCUCUUGCUCGCUCUUGAUUCCGGGAGAUUUUAACUAAUUUGCGGGCAUCAGGGAGCCGCUAUCAAUACGCGGGAGACUCACGGAACUUCCGGGAGACUUGGGAUGUCUGUCUUUGAUCUCUUGAGAAACCAUACUGUAACAUCUCAUAUCAUGGUUAAGCUUUAACUAACUCCAGCAAAAACAAUAAUACCUGAUAUAUUUUGGGUAAUUCAAAAAGUCAUGGUUUUGGCUACUGAAAAUCCAAAAGAUUCUGAUUAAAUUGUGUGCACAUGGUGUGAGAAAUAAAAAUCAGGUGUGAUUCUUUGUCUUACAUUACUUAUUUCCCUUGCACCUUAUAUUCUGAUGUGAAACUUUUCCCUUCUAAAUCAGAAGAGGUAUAUUGUGUCUGUUCAGCUGUUGGACAUUCUGUACCACACUGGCUAAAUAUGUCCUAGUUUUUUCCCCUCUCCAAACCAGGGAUUCAGGUUUCCUGUUUGAUGAUUUAGUCAAAAGAUGAUAUAUUAUGUAGGCAAAGUAUUGUUGUCUUUGUGAUUGACCUAGUUGUGAAGUGGUAGUUAUAACACUUAUUGGAAUAUAGGGCUACGGUUUAAAAUACUAACAUACUGUAUGACAGCAGAGCUAUUACAAUUUGGAGAAUAUCUUAAAGAUCAUUUUGUAAAUCCAGAUGUUUAUUUUUGUAUUGUCAGACUGUGUGGCUUUGUCGAACAGAAAUGUUGUAAAAUUGCAGAAAGAGUAAAAUAUAUGACACUUUGGCAAAAUCAUAUACAUAGAAAUCAAAGU